AUGGCAGAAAACUUACGUGAUGAAAAGAAGGGCCAAACUAAAACACCAGAACAAUUAGCAAAAUGUUUUCCAAUUAUGUUAAAAUUCAUCUCACCUCAUUUAUUAUCAUUGCUUAUACGUAAAAGAAUAUUCCCAUAUCAGUGGUUAACUAGUAAAAACAAAUUCAAAGAAACACAACUACCUUCUCGAAAAGAUUUUAAUAGUGACUUGGAUAGAGUAAAUUAUUGCGAGCAAGGAUGUGAAAGCAAAGAAUGUGAACAUGAGAAAAUUUACACAAUAACUCAAAAGGACUAUGAUUUUGCUCAUACAGUUUGGAAAGAAACUGAUUGUAAAACCUUUGAUGAUUAUCACAAUAUUUACCUCAAAACAGAUGUUCUUAUAUUAGCAGAUGCAUUCGAGGCAUUUCAAAAAGCAUCUUAUUCAGCAUUCAAAUUAGAUCCAGCAAAUUAUUUAACCGCACCAGGUCUUGUAUGGGAUGCGUGUAUGAAGGUAACAAAGGUAAAAUUAGAAUUAUUUAAUGAGCAUCAAGGAGAUAUGCAUGACUUCUUUACUGCAAUGAAAAGAGGAGGAAU